CCCAUAUUCAAUUGACAUGCCGCUGAGUUAUACCUGACUUUCCUUUCCUUGGUCCCAACAUUCUCAUUCGAGAAAACAUUCGGCUAUAUAUUUUGAUCAACUUGAUCAGCUUCAAAUUGUAAACUGUGGCGAUGGGAGACGAAGAAUUUGACGAAGCAGACAUCGUUGACGGUGGGCCAGGAUUAGCCUACAUGCCAUUUGUGGUCAUGGAGGACUUGUUGGAUAAGCUUAAGCUCUUGGACUACGAAGAGGAGUUUGUCAAGGAACUACGUAUGAGACCCCUGAGUAGACACUAUUUUGUGCUCCAAACCAAUCCCGGAGAGCAGUUCUACAUGUUCACGUCUCUAGCUGCGUGGCUAAUCCAAAAAUGUGGCACGCCAUUCGACCAACCUCAAGAGUUCGACGACCCAAAUUCCACGAUUUCCAAUAUCUUAGAUGUGGUUAGGAGGAACGGAGUGACUAUCGACUUUCCUCCCAGUAAACUCAAACAGGGUUAUGGAGAGCAAGCCAUUUUCAUCUUGGAUCGUCUGUCAGACGAAGCACUCCGAAACACUCACUUCCAAUGGGGAAAGCCGAUUCCUCCAUCGGAAGUUGCCGACGAAGAAGAGGACCUGAAAGAUGAGGCGGAAUUGGAUCUAGACCGGGUGGAGGAGGAAAUGGCUGGAGAAUAUUCCGACGAAGAAGACGACGACGAGAUAUUACAUAUUAAUGAUAUGGGCUCGGCUCUACCCAUGGCCACAUCGCAAAGACCUAAUGAGAUUUUGGAAUCCAAUACAGACUUCGACGAAUGGAGCCUGGAGGUUGAGCGCGUGGCUCCUCAAUUGAAGGUCACCGUCAGGUCCGACAAUCGAGAUUGGCGCACGCAUUUGGAACAAAUGCACACAUACAGACGCGGGAUCGACGACGCUUUAACCACAACUCGAGUUCAUCUCGAUAAACUACACAACGAUAUCGGCCGAACUCUGGAAAAGAUAACAUCGCGGGAGAAAUAUCUCAAUUCUCAAUUGGAGGGAUCUCUUCAACAGUUCCGCCAAUUGUCCGACACUUUGGCCGCCACCAAAGAGCAGUACAAGCAAGUCAGUGGGGGGGUCACGGAGCGUUCUCGAACCUUGGCUCAAAUCGCAGACGACUUGGAAGUGAUCAAAGCCGAAAUGGAGGAAAGAGGCAGUGCCAUGACUGACGGAACGCCCCUAGUCAAUGUUCGGCGAGCAUUAAUACGCAUGAAACAAGAAGUUGCGAACAUGAACGUUCGCAUUGGGGUUCUUGAGCACUCGUUGUUGCAGGCCAAGUUGCGGGACCGUUCCAAUCUACAACGGGAUGCUCUUAAUUUUGCUUUUGCCAAUGAAGUUUAGUUUAAAGUCGUUCUUUUAAUGGCGGAAGGAAUAGGAAUAGGAGUCUGUUCAAGCCCGCUUUAUUAUUCAUUGCAAUAUUUGUGGAUGUACGUGCAUGAAUUGGUUGAGAAAUGGCCUCUUCGUUCGAGGCCUUUAAGUGGAAAAGCCUCGUGGUGGACCCUGUGCUUGUUACACAGAAUUCAUAAAUAUGAAAGAACUUGGUCUCUGCGAACAAUAAAUUAUGAUUACUUCUCC